CGGCACCAGGGACCGCCGGUAGCCAAGUGAACGUACCGCUGUACGCUUCACCCAAGGGUUACACGGUACCCCCUACCGUGUAACGGUACCUGGGUACCGGACGCUAGGCAGAGACGGUCAGCCACCCCCGUCCUAACCAGGUGAACAUCAAGUGCCUACGCCAAUGGACAAGCUCACAAUCGAUGACAAGAAAAAACUCUCUUUGAAUGCCAAAGCAUUAAACAUAUUGUUUUGUGCAUUGGGUCAAGAUGAGUUUGCUAGGGUGAGCUCUUCCAAAUCCGCAAAGGAAGCAUGGAAGCUCUUAGAAGCCACCCAUGAAGGAGAUAAAGACACCAAAGCUACCAAGAUAGCUUUAGGAACAUCCGAGUAUGAAAACUUCAAGAUGAAGGCCGGAGAGUCCGUUCAAGAUAUGAAUAAAAGAUUCAACCUCAUUAUCAACAAUUUGAGUAAGCUAAAUAAACUUUAUCCUACUAGUGAGAUUAACACCAAGAUUAUAUUCUCUCUUCCUAGAGAGUGGCAUAGUCUUGUUGUAAACUUGUUGCCCAAAUGUGCGGAUGUUGAAACCUCCACCAUUUGGAGCAGCCUAUACACUCACGAGCUUCUUUUGAAGAAAAUGAAGGAAGAAGAACAGGUUCCUAUCAUCAAGAAGACCAUGGCACUCAAAAUUGAUGACCAUCCGGAAAGCGAAGGAGAAAGUGAUGAGGAGCUUGCCAUGUUCAAGAGAUACAAGAAGUUUAUGAAAUUGAACAAGGGCGAAUCCUCAAAAAGAUUUCCAUCAAAGAAAGGUAAACCUAAUCAAAUAACUUGCUAUGAAUGUGGAAAUGUAGGUCAUAUCAAACUGGAGUGCCCAAAGCUCAAAAAGAUUGAAGAGCUUAAAAAGGGGAAGAAGAAGGCAUUAAAAGUCACUUGGGACGAUUUAAACUCCGACGAAAGUGAUAGUGACCAAAGCCAAGAAGAGAACGUAAAUGAUUGCUUCAUGGCCUCCAAUGAUGAAGAAAAGGCAGAUAUAAUAUGUUUACACAUCUCAUGCUAAUGUAAACAAAUAUUAUAUUCCUAGAUUUAUAUUUAAAAGAUGUUUAUCAGAUAGUGUUCCUCUGCUGAUGAGACUAACAUCUUGAAAUAAAUAUUUAUCUAAAUGUCCAUAGUCGAGUAUUCACGAGAGUGGGAUAUCGUUAAUGCAUGUGAGACUAGUGUGUGUUGGAUUUUUGACUUAGUCUCAUAGUCAAUGACGGUGUGUUCGCAUCCGCACAUGGGCAGAUAUUAUCUAGAAAUAAUAGGAUGCCGGACUGACCCAUCCUAAAGAUGUUGCUUGAACUUUUAGUUCAUGCUCUAAGCAUCUUUAGCGCGACCACGGGUGUAACUAUCCUUCGACUUGAAAAUAUCUAGAGUAUAUAAAAUGAUUUUAUAAAAUUUUAUUAGAUUUAUUUGGACAUCUAAUUUAAUUUUAUGAGUUUUAGAAAAUAUUUACUGCCGUACUAUUUUUCUAGAACUGUCUGGGGUGAGCGCGGUUCACCCGGUGUAUAUAUAUCUCUAUUGCUUGUGUGGAUGUAUGAUAUGCAUGGUGGAUGAUUAUGGCUAUAGUUUAUUUGAUUAUAAUACGGCCUGCGUGUCGUGCCUUAUCUCUUAAACUCUUGUUGUAAAUCUAUUUCUCUCUCUUACCUCAACCGAGGACUCUUUUCUCACGUGGUGGUUAGAAGACGAAAAGAUUUGAUGACCGUUUGGAGAAAUCUAAAAGAAUGGAGAUAGCCUGAAGUCCAAGUGCCCGGAAGCUAGUGGGAGAUAUCGUUUUAUUUUUCUUUUAGGGGCCACAAUCAUUACACGUUUAUUUACCGCGUUUUGUGAAUGCAUGUUGAAUGUAUGUUGAACGCUAGUAAUGGACAUGUGCGCGGCCAUGUCGAUAGGUGAGAUCGAAAUUAUAAAUCCCUCACGAAUAUUAAGUCUGUUGCCUUCUGACGCCCGGCACCUAUCCGGCUAAUGUGCACUGUCAUGUACUCAGCCUCAGCAGAGCAUAGUACGGUGUAU